ACCAAUGCACCAGCAGCUGGCAGGAUACUACUAGCGACCAAGCUAGAUUAGAACAAUAUUUGACAAUGCAAUGGGUAACUGCUGUGCAUACUGUGUCGGGCUCUUCAGGAGGGAAGCCAACAGGAUCCAGAGAGGAGGCGGGUCAAAAUACUUCCGCAGCAGCACCACAGGGGAGCAUUAUACAAUAGAGUUUGAAAAUCUGGUAGAAAGUGAUGAGGCUGAGAGUCCGCAGUCCUGCCUGAGGCCCAUCAGUGAAGAUGAGCUCAAGAACCUCCGAGAGCACCGCUACGCUGCUAUAUCAGACACGCAGAUCCUAUUAGACCAGAAGAUCUCGGCGGAGUUAGAGGCACAAGAGGAGAAGUUGAGGCUAGAAGAGGAGGCUAGAAAUGCCGCCCAGCGUGAGGCCGCCAGGCUGGCGCGUGAACGAAAAUUGAAGGAGCUGUCUGCCCAGAGGACACGGGGGAAAGCAGAUGGCUCCGGCAGUGAAACCCAACAAAGAAAACAAACCUCUGGGGAAGGUUUCGACGUCUACCUCCAGAAUGUAAAAGCCCAGUCUGAAGCUUUCAGGAGCAACAGACUUCCCUCUGACACAAACGUGGUGACUCCCAACACGGAAUACAGCUGGGAUUUCACCACAAAGACACGCUCCACCAAUGACGACGGGACCUCGCUGGAUUUAGAGUGGGAGGAUGAGGAAGGAAUCAACCGAGCACUUCCAGCCUGGGAGAGGUCUCGGACAGAGGAGGACAUCCUGCGAGCAGCCCUGAGGCCCGGCAGCAAGCAGAUGACCAGCGGCCCGACCUCGGCCUCCGAGGACUCCAACGCACUGGAGUGGGAGAAUGAUUUUGUGAGUACCCACCCAGAGGACAAUGCAGACACUGAAUUUGAAGGGUUUGUCAAUCCAGUCCUCGACACUCCCUCUGAGGACGCCUCGGACUGUGGCCUCAGGUUGGACAACCAGGACAGAUAGUGUCCAGCACCAAAGGAGAUGUUUCUUGUGCCCUCUUCAUGUCAAAGCUCACCAGCUUUUUUGUUUGUUUGUUUUUGCCUCAUCAAAUGGAAAAAUGUACUCACUUGUUGUUCAUAUCCUGUAAUCUGAGACUGAGGGAAUGUGUCGUGGAUCUCUACACUUCAGCACAGUGUAGUGAUGUUUUUAACAAAUACUCAUUUUUUCAGUGCCUUCAUUUGCUGACCAUUUUUAUGCAUCAUAACUGACCAGUUACCAUCCAUUGACCAUUCAACACAAUGCUCAGUAAGUGCUUAUUUCCAGUGCAAAGUGUCCAGGUGAUCAGACAGAAACCACUCAGUUGCCAAACUGCUCAAAAGUGAAACUUUACUGCAAAAGUCUGAGGAUGCUUAAGACAAAACGGUGCACUAUAUGAAAUGAUAAACCCUUGAAAGGAGAUUGUCCUCUACAUUAAAUCCAUUGGAGGCCAGUGCCUUGCUGUGUGGCAAUGGCAGGAUGGUUCCUGCCAUUGCCAUCUGUUUAUAGGUCAGAAACAAACAAACACUUACAAGCCUCCUUUCAAUGUUGUUGCACGAUAGAAGAGAAGGAACCUUAAUUCCUUCCAUUGAAAGGUUGCUGAUACAUUAGAGCUGCCUGUUUUGGUGAAUUAGCACAAGUAUAGCAUCACUGUUUUCACAUUUGAGUCAAAAGCUUGUCCGAAUCUGUGCAUCAAAAUAUAAUUUCAGUCAUACUUGUGUGUUUCUGUGAAUGGGCGUUUGACAGUGAUGAUCGAUAUACAUGAAAAACACUGAACUCUGUAAAUGUAAUCUCUGAUAUUAUAUAACAGACUGACACAUUUGAAAUGAAACAGGCUCAAGGUAGCUUUCAUAUUUAAUGAAACACCUUCACUGUCCUGUUUUCCUCUGUAAUCUGCUCAGUAGUAUCUUGUUCUUAAAUGUUCACAUUUCCAUUUGGCAACAAGAAACCUUUUUACAAAACAACAUAAUUUGGCACAUACAGUGAAUCAGAUUUCCUUCAUCGUUUACACAUUAUGCUGUCAAAGGUUUUCAACUGACCUUUUUUAUAAUUCUAAUCUGCAUUUAUGUUGAAACAUUUUCUUCAGCUGAUUCUCUGGUUCAUUGUGAUUGUGAGUCAGGGUUUUCACAACAGCCUGGAAAGUUUGGUACGAUAUGGAAAAUUAUGAAAAUAGUCACGUUUGAGAAUCAAUAUUUAGUUUUUUGUCUUGAUCAUCCAUUAUGUUUUAUUAGCAAUUAACUUAAUUACUGCCAAUAUGUGAUUGAAAAAUGUUAGCACAAAUUCUUUUUCUAUUCUAUUCUGGAUCUAACUUUCUGCUAUGUGACAGCAAAUCAAACAACCAAUGUGAAGCAAAAUUACCAAGCAGUCACUUGAGUGAUCACAUUGCAAACCAGGAAAAUAAUGAUACAAUAUACAACAUACAGGAGACAAUCUUCACCUAACUAAAAUAUCUUUUUACCAGCUUUAAAUGGUGUGUGUGUGUGUGUGUGUGUGUGGCAUUUUUGCCUUCAUUGCAAAGUAGGGAUAGAAAGGAAAUUAACCAUACAUUAUUAUAGGGCAUGGAUGUAUUAUAAGAGCUGGACCAAAAAUGGCACCCAUUCAGUCCUAUGAGAGUUGCUCAGCUGGUGCAUACACCAAAAGUUUCUAUCUUCCGUGUUUACAUCUGUGUUAUGUGGGCUGCUGAAUAUGCUCAGUAGUGUUUCCCCCACUGGCCCGAGAGUUCCUGCUCGGCCCACAGACUUUACAUUGUGAUGACGUCACAUUUUUUAAAAAUCGCUUUUCUGGGCUCGAAGAAAGUUUUACAAAUAUAAAACCUCCAUGGAUCAAAAAGUCACAAUAGAAAGAGUCAGAAUUGACCUUGUUUGCAGUUCGAGGUGUCCUGUCAACAGUUUUACAGAGAAUGGUGGCCUAUGGUGAAAAUGCUUUUUUGGGCCGCGGGAGGAUUUGUUGCUACAAUACCGUAAAUGACCACUGGGGGAAAAUUGGCUGCAAAGCUGAGUGGCGGCAUCCUAUCCAGCUCUUACAAUACAUCCAUGUUAUUAGGUUAUUAGGUUACCAGGACGCCCUGACGCAGCUCGUUUUGAUUGGUGGCAUUUAUUCAAGAGACAAAUCUUUUUGUGUGUGCGUAUGUUUAUAAAAUAUUAUAUGAAAUCCAAACCAAGAUUAUAGACUACAAACAUAUAUAGACUUUAAAAUCCCUGCUGAUUGCUGUGUACUGCAAAUACUGAAAGCAAUAUUUGUGGAAAUUGUGUGAGAUUGGACUGAAAAAGACCCUGUGGCUUCUACUUUAUCAUGUUCCUACGUUUGAUCAAAUGCUGCCGUUCACACUUUGCUUGUGCAUUGAUUUUUUUUAAUUGAUUUUUUUCUAUUUUUUUUAGAUCCUGAUAUUUGACACAUUACAUACGGUUGAGAUGAGUUGUUAUUGAUCUCUAUGAAUCAAAAGUAGCUCGCUGGUUGCACUCUAAUUGUGUGGACUUUGAAUCUAGAUGAAUGAAUAGAGUGUUAUCAGCUCCUAGAAGACUUUCACUGAAACGUUUCCUUCAUUACUCGUAAGAAGGAAACAGAUGUGCACUGCUGUUGACGUAUGUAGACGAGACACAGGUUCACUUUCAGAGAUUCCACAUCACUUUUUAAUAGUUUCUCAAUAUCUGAGUGUAAAAGAAUCGUUUGAUCACAUCUCAAUAUUAUGUUUUAUUGAUUACACAAUCUCUGAUUUAAUCACUGGAAUUUUCUGUAAAAAAACAAACUGUAACUUAACAUUCCUUGUCCAAUGAGCCAAAGGAGGGGAAAAAAAAGUACAGAAAAAUGCCUUGGGCAUCACAUAGAUUCACUGUAAUGAAUAUAGUGUACGAGGGGUAUCAAACAGCUGGGAAUGGUUCAUUUUACAAGUGUCAUUAUUAAACAGAGCAUCACUUUAAACAGUGUUGUUAGCUGCUGCUGAAAGUAAAUGAUAUCUGUGCAUUUUGUCAUUUUUGAAGUGAUAUUUUCACCGGUAGAAUGUUUUUUUCUUUUCUUUCCUGUGUAUAUAUUGAAAGUACGAGACACCAAGUUAGACAAACCAAAGUAAUACAUGAAUUCCAAGUCACACUUUCACCACAAUACAAAUUACAAACCUACAACACAAAUAAAAAUGUAGAGAUUGGAAACAGUGUGAAAGAUAUUUUUGCCUUUUGAACAGUGAAAAUGUUUUACUGAGGUGAAAUAUCACUUUAAACAGAGGUGAGGCUGUAAAUGGAGACACUUCACUGCACUGUGUGUUUGUUGUUGUUGUGAUCACUCAGUUUGUAGAAGAUGGCGCCACUGUGGUUCAGAGGGUUUGAGUCGGUUUACACGUUUCUAUACUCAGAAUGGACAACGCUGUCAACUUAUCCACCAAAGUGAUUGAUUUACAUUGUUCAGGUUUUUAUGGAAGACACUACAAGUAACUUGUUUAUGUUCGCUUUGUAUGAUAUCCGAAUGCAUUGAGGACAAACAACCACUGAAACCUCCUUAAAUCAUGUUGAAUGUAUAAACCUGCUUAAAGGCACAGUUGAAUUUCAGCUUUGGAGAACAUGCAUGCGGUUUAUGGCUGUCAAGCAAGUUUAAAAAAAAAAGAGAAACUGAUAAAAUGAUGCAAAAGGUCUCACCAGCGUUACAUAUACAAUAAAGUUUUUUAAAAAAUCAAGUUUGUUGAAGGAAACUGACAAAUUGAUUUAAAAUAACUCAACGUGCAGGACUUUCUGACUCACAUAAACAGCACAGACACAUUUUUUUCCUUUUUUAAAAACUACAAACGCACGCCAGCAGCAGGCAGGCAUUAAAAUAGGCUUUUCUUCUUAAAACCCUCUUCACAUCCACAGUGGCCCCUCAUAAGACUUGACUCACUUUUUCUCGUUUCUUCAAGGGAAGGGCUUUUUUUUUUGUUAAUCGGUGACAUUUCAUCAAAAUAAAUGUCCCUUCACCUGCUCUAUAUUUAAAAUGCAACAGUGACUCAACCUCCGAGCCAGUUCAUUAAAGUGUUACUCAUUUCUUUCUCGGUGAACAAGAGAUGAUACAUCUCAUAUUUCUGUUUUGUGAUUUAGAAAAAGAAAAUAUGAAACUCAACACAUUUUUAGCACUUGAUUAAAGCUUUGUAACCUGCUUGAUCUCGAGUAAAUGUCACACUGAUGUGGCACCAAAAAUGAAGACAAAAUCAAAUAUAGUCAAACCUUUCAAAAUGAAUUAUUUGUUGGAUAAUCCAGCAAAUCCAAAAGUAACAUACAUAAGUUAAAGCUACAGACUAUAUCAGCCCUUCUGAAGUGGCAAUGACCACUAAAUACAACAAUUAAAAAAACAACAAAAUGAAUGCAUGUAACUUCAUAGUUUCUAUCUUAAAAGGAAACUGUACAUUUGAAUAAUAUGAACAUGUUGGCUGGAUUGUGUGUGAUUUUUUUUAUUUUUUUUUAUUAUCUGUAAUUUAAAAGUUUGCAACUAUAGAGAGUGAAUAGCUUUACAAGAUGAUGUGUGUCUCAUUUGCAGCUUGUACUUCUCUGUAAAUAAAAGUUGUCUUUGCAUAUCUGCAUCGUCAUGGCAUAUUUUACCAUUACAAGAGGGACGCUCAUUUAUUUUUGUACAUCAGGAGGCAAAACAUUUGAUUUCUUGAUACCAGGGUUUGAGUUUUUGUUGUUGUUUUUCCUUUUUUUUUGCAUUUGGAGACAUGAGUGUAUAUAUAUGAGUGCAUUUCCAGCUUUGGCUCUGAGUCACUAUGUCUGUUCAUUGUGAAUAUUUAAUCAAGGUCAGUGUAAACUGCAUUGCAGCAACAUUGUGGCAAUGGGGCUGUCACAACCUCUUGUGUUGUAUUGCUAUAAAUACAGCAUCUAAUCAAUUCCUCCGCUGGACCUAUUUGAACACAUGAUUUCUGUCUUUAUUGAGAUGAUUUAUUGAUGGAGACAGUGAGGAGAACUUGUAAGAAAAUUGAGCACAAAAUGUAAACAUUUCCCUCUCAUGCCAAGGACCAAAUCCUGACCUGGUGUAAGUGUGAUUAAAGGGUUAA